AUGGACAAGGAUGGCUGUGAAUAUUAUGCAUUAUGCAAUGAUACCUGCCAAACACAAAGAUAUGUUGGAAAGUGUACCACUACAACUGUCAGUCCACCCACUACAACAACUACAGGUUUCACACCAACAACAACUUGUCUUAUGUGGAUGCCAACUGAAUCAUACACUCCACCAUCAGAUUCAAAAUCAUCAACUGUAUCACUUCCUCCACAUGUUGGAACAGAGUCAAGCUACCACACACCAAAUACAGGUGUAUCAUCAUCCUCCACAUCAUCUACACCUGGAUCAGACAACAUGCACUCAACCAGUGUCUCAUCACCACCUGAUGUUUCAAGCUCCAGAUCAAGCUCUACAUCAUCUACACCAGGAUCAAGUGACAUACACACUACACCAGGUUCAAAACAAGGUCAAUCAACCAGUGUUUCAUCGCCACCUGAUGUGUCAAGCUCCAGAUCAAGUUCUACAUCAUCUACACCAGGAUCAAGUGACAUACACACUACACCUGAUUCAAGUCAAGGUCACUCUACCAGUGUCUCAUCACCACCUGAUGUGUCAAGCUCCAAAACAAGUGUUACAUCAUCUACACCAGGAUCAAGUGACAUACACACUACACCUGAUUCAAGUCAAGGUCACUCUACCAGUGUCUCAUCACCACCUGAUGUGUCAAGCUCCAAAACAAGUGUUACAUCAUCUACACCAGGAUCAAGUGACAUACACACUACACCUGAUUCAAGUCAAGGUCACUCUACCAGUGUUUCAUCACCACCUGAUGUGUCAAGCUCCAAAACUAGUGUUACAUCAUCUACACCAGGAUCAAGUGACAUACAAACUACACCUGAUUCAAGUCAAGGUCACUCUACCAGUGUCUCAUCACCACCUGAUGUGUCAAGCUCCAAAACAAGUGCUACAUCAACUACACCAGGAUCAAGUGACAUACACUCUUCUACACCAUAUUCAACAAAUGAAUGUCAGUGCUUCAUGCCGGACUGCUCAACAGGAUUCCGCGUGGCUGCUAUGAAAUCGCGUAUAAACUCCUGUCCUAAUGUUACAUGUGUACCUGAUGCAGUCUGUGUGUAUGGAAGUGAAACAUAUCAGGUUGGAUCUAGUAUCCCACAACCUGCAGAUUCUUGUCAGAAAUGUGAAUGCUCUCAAGAAAUGGACACAAGAUCAGAAUUCUACAUUGUAAAAUGCCAACCAAUUGUGUGUGACACAACCUGUAGUAGAGGUUAUGAAUACAAAAUGAAAGCAGGCCAGUGCUGUGGAGAGUGUGUACCUAUCCAAUUAAAAUGCACAAUGACAGGAAAUUUCGGAGCAAGUAAAAACACAGGAGGCACAGGAAGCACAGGAGAAACAGGAAACACUGGAAGCUCAGGAGAUACAGGAAGCACAGGAGGCACAGGAAGCACAGGAGAAACAGGAAACACCGGAAGCUCAGGGGAUACAGGAAGCACAGGAGGCACAGGAAGCACAGGAGAAACAGGAAACACUGGAAUCUCAGGAGAUACAGGAAGCACAGGAAGCACAGGAAGCACAGGAGAAACAGGAGAAACAGGAAACAGUGGAAGCUCAGGAGAUACAACAAACACAGGAGGCACAGGAUACACAGGAAACACCAUAAUGGAUCUAGAGAUCGGUGAAAUAUAUCGCAUACCAAAUAAUACUUGUGCCUAUUAUGAGUGCAGAGAAGAAUAUGGUGUGGCUAUCCUCACCAAGGUGGAGAAAGUUUGUCAGCCAUUGGAUGUCUCCAUAUGCGACAUGAGUACUCUUACAUAUGAUGCUGACAAUUGCUGUAGGACAUGCACACCUAAAACAGAAUUCAUAGUAACACCACCUCCAGAGGUCAUAGAAAACUGCAGUGUACGUAAGAAUGCCACAGUCCUUGAACAAGAUGACUGUAUUCUCGAGGUGGAACUGUCUUUCUGUGGAGGACCCUGCAUGGGAUCUUCAAUGUAUUCAAUGGCAUCCAGUGGAUUUGACCAGAAAUGCUCAUGCUGCAAGGAGAUGGAGCUUGUAACAAGGAAUGUGGACUUGCUGUGUGCUAAUGGAAGACGCCAGAGCUACCAAUAUGUUGAUGUGUUGAGUUGUGGCUGUGCUGGAGCCGUUUGUACCCCAGCAGUAUAAAUAUAAACCAAAUUAAUCACCAAUCCUUGGAAACAUGCAUUGCAGGCUAAGGUCCUCCUUAAAGCAAAGAGCUGGAACUGAAACUUAGGAAAAAUGUAUAAAGUCCACAUAAUUGAUAUCUUUCUAUUCAUUGAUUUUAGAACAUUAGCUGGUUUCAAUUGUUCUGGGGGGGGGAGUGUAACUACGCCUUAACUCCCCCCUGUAUGAUAGACUUUGCUGCUUAGACCUGUGACUGUAUUGCUCUUGUAAACUAGAAAAUAGUGUCUUAGAAUACAGUGAUUUAGUAUUAGUUAUCUUGCUAUUCUUUUGUAAAUGUCCUCAAAAAUAAAUUUUAGAUUGCAAAUA